AGGAUGAAUACUAAUUUCCAAGAUGGCGGCGGAGGGAGGAGGGAAGGAGAUGAACGAAAUUAAAACUCAAUUCACCACUCGGGAAGGCGUGUAUAAACUCCUCACUCACUCUGAAUACAGCCGCCCCAACCGGGUGCCUUUCAAUUCCCAGGGCUCUAACCCUGUUAAAGUCUCCUUCGUUAACGUCAACGAUCAAUCUGGUAACGGCGAGAGAAUCUGUUUCAAUGUGGGCCGGGAGCUGUACUUCUAUAUCUACAAAGGCGUCAGAAAGGCAGCUGAUCUGAGCAAACCCAUAGACAAGAGGAUAUACAAGGGAACACAGCCCACCUGCCAUGACUUCAAUCAUCUAACAGCCACAGCCGAGAGCGUGUCCUUACUGGUGGGCUUCUCGGCUGGUCAGGUACAGCUCAUUGACCCUAUCAAAAAGGAGACCAGCAAACUUUUCAAUGAAGAAAGGCUAAUAGACAAGUCCCGGGUGACCUGUGUGAAGUGGGUAUCAGGCUCAGAGAGCCUUUUCCUUGUGGCACAUUCCACUGGAAGUAUGUAUCUGUACAACGUGGAGCAUGCCUGUGGCACCACUGCGCCCCACUAUCAGCUGCUCAAGCAAGGUGACAGCUAUGCUGUGUACACAUGUAAGAGUAAGUCUACACGCAACCCUCUGCUGAAAUGGACAGUGGGUGAAGGGGCACUUAAUGAGUUUGCCUUCUCACCUGAUGGAAAGUUUUUGGCCUGCGUGAGCCAGGAUGGCUUCCUGCGUGUCUUCAACUUUGAUGCGGUGGAGCUGCAUGGGACCAUGAAGAGCUACUUUGGAGGGCUCCUGUGUGUGUGCUGGAGCCCUGAUGGCAAGUACAUUGUCGCAGGCGGCGAGGACGAUUUGGUGACCGUUUGGUCAUUUUCAGACUGCCGAGUUAUUGCGCGGGGUCAUGGACACAAGUCAUGGGUCAGCGUGGUGUCCUUUGACCACUACACCACGAGCGUAGAGGAGACGGAACCCAUGGAAUUCAGUGGUAGCGACGAGGACUUCCAGGACCACAUGCACUUUGGCCGCGACCGGGCCAACAGCACUCAGUCACGCCUCUCCAAACGGAACUCCACGGACAGCCGGCCGGUCAGUGUGACAUACCGAUUCGGCUCGGUGGGCCAGGAUACACAGCUGUGUCUAUGGGACCUAACAGAGGACAUCCUGUUUCCCCACCUCCCACUGUCUCGAACCAGGACACACACCAAUGUGAUGAAUGCCACCUGCCCCCCUCUGAGUGGGGUAAGUGUGCUUGUUGGCACUAACCCAGGAACCAAUGGUAACAAUGGUGUGAGUGUUGGAAGCAACCCUGGAAACUCCCUCCCCACACCAUUGCCUCGCUCCAAUAGCCUGCCGCACUCAGCAGGCAACACGGCUAACAGCAAGAGCAGCAUCAUAGACGGCACUGUGGCCACGGGCACAAGCAAGUUUGCAACGCUCUCGCUGCAUGAACGCAAGGAGCGGCACCAUGAGAAGGAUCACAAGCGCAAUCACAGUAUGGGACACAUCAGCAGCAAGAGCAGCGACAAGCUCAACCUGCUCACUAAAACCAAAGCGGAUCCUGCAAAGACUCUGGGCACCACUCUGUGCCCCCGUAUGGAAGAUGUGCCCUUGCUAGAGCCCCUCAUCUGUAAAAAGAUAGCGCAUGAAAGACUCACGGUCUUGAUAUUUUUGGAGGACUGUAUAGUGACAGCCUGCCAGGAGGGCUUUAUUUGCACCUGGGCAAGGCCUGGGAAAGGGGGUUUAUUGUCGUCCCAAAACCAGGCCAACUCUCCCAGUGGGACGGUAGUAUAGCCACCACAUUUCUGCUGCUAAGAAACGUUUGAUACAGAUGUAAUGACAUCACCAGAGCCUGAAGCUGUUCUUCACCUUCAGCAUUGCAAAAGUUACUUGUUUCUUUUUUGUUUGUCAGUUUGUUUGUUUGUUUUUAACAGACAUGGCCUAAAAACAAAUCCUGGAAUGGUGAAGUGCAAUAGUGUGCAAAGGCUGUGAUGGACAAUGAGGGGGGCAGUUAUCCCCUACCCACUUACACAUACCCCUCCCUCCACCACCGACGUUUCUAGAAAUCUUUCUUUUCUAUCUCAGAAAAGAUAUAGUCUUAUCAAGUCUGCUUUAUAAAGGGAGAACAAAGAACAGUUUGCUUCCAUAGAUAAUCCUUUAUGGGUUAAACCAUUUUUUUCAAAUUGAACCUCACAGUUGAGUAUUUUUGCACUGAUGUCUUUUGAUUUUUGCUGUUCAUUUUCUUUUAUAUAACAAAGGAACAAAAGUAAUAGAAUAUUUGAAGGCCCAGAUGCACUUGGGUUAUGGCAAGACAUUAUCAUCCGGCUUCAACUUGUGAAUCUGAUAGCCAGAUGCUGCAUUUUUUUAAUAAAAGAAUUGUUUGCACUUAAUUGUUUGUUAGAGAAUGGCUUUACAACGUUCAGGGUGCGCAAGACCUCCCGGACAACUAUAAGGUGGAAAAAAAUUCUAAAGAAUGAAAACA